UCCAGAUGUUGAACAGCCCUGUAAGUCAAGUGUCCGCACCUGGAGUCCAAAUUCAGCUGUCAACCCACACACGGUCCCUCCAGCCUGCCCUGAGCCACAAGGCUGCUACCUCGAGCUGGAAUUCCGCUAUCCCUUGGUCCCUGAGUCUCUGACCAUCUGGGUGACUUUUGUUUCCACUGACUGGGACUCUAGUGGAGCUGUCAAUGAUAUCAAACUUUUGACUGUCAGCGGGAAGAACAUCUCCCUGGGUCCUCAGAAUGUCUUCUGUGACAUCCCACUGACCAUCAGACUCCGGGAUGUGGGUGAAGAGGUGUAUGGCAUCCAGAUUUACACACUGGACGAGCACCUAGAGAUUGAUGCGGCCAUGUUGACCUCCAUCGCAGACAGCCCGCUCUGCCUGGAGUGUAAGACCCUACAGUAUAAGGUGGUCCGGGACCCUCCUCUUCAGGUGGAUGUGGCUUCUACCCUACACCUCAAUCGGAGAUUCGUGGACAAGGAUCUAAAUCUUGGCAGUGUGUACCAGUAUCGGGUCAUAACAAUUUCAGGAACUGAAGAGAGUGAGCCAUCCCCUGCAGUCAUAUACAUCCAUGGAAGCGGGUACUGUGGUGAUGGCAUUAUCCAGAAAGACCAAGGAGAAGAAUGUGAUGACAUGAAUAAGAUCAAUGGUGACGGCUGCUCCCUUUUCUGCCUACAAGAAGUUUCCUUCAAUUGUAUCGAUGAGCCCAGCCGGUGCUAUUUCCAUGAUGGUGAUGGAGUAUGUGAGGAGUUUGAACAAAAAACUAGCAUUAAGGACUGUGGUGUCUACACGCCCCAGGGUUUUCUGGAUCAGUGGGCAUCCAAUGCUUCAGUAUCUCAUCAAGACCAGCAGUGCCCAGGCUGGGUCAUCAUUGGACAGCCAGCAGCAUCCCAGGUGUGUCGAACCAAGGUGAUAGAUCUCAGUGAAGGUAUUUCCCAGCACGCAUGGUACCCUUGCACCAUCGGCUACCCAUACUCCCAACUGGCUCAGACCACUUUCUGGCUCCGGGCAUAUUUUUCUCAGCCAAUGGUUGCCGCAGCUGUCAUUGUCCACCUGGUGACCGAUGGGACAUAUUAUGGGGACCAAAAGCAGGAGACCAUCAGUGUGCAGCUGCUUGAUACCAAAGAUCAGAGUCACGAUCUAGGCCUCCAUGUCCUGAGCUGCAGGAACAAUCCCCUGAUUAUCCCUGUGGUCCAUGACCUCAGUCAGCCCUUCUACCACAGCCAGGCAGUCCGUGUGAGCUUCAGUUCGUCCCUGGUCGCCAUCUCGGGGGUGGCCCUCCGCUCCUUCGACAACUUUGACCCUGUCACCCUGAGCAGCUGCCAGAGAGGGGAGACCUACAGCCCUGCUGAGCAGAGCUGCGUGCACUUCGCAUGUGAGGCCAGUGACUGCCAGGAGCUGGCUGUGGAGAAUGCUUCUCUCAAUUGCUCCAGCAGCGACCGCUACCAUGGCGCCCAGUGUACUGUGAGCUGCCAGACGGGCUACGUACUCCAGAUACAGCGGGAUGAUGAGCUAAUCAAGAGCCAGGUGGGACCCAGUGUCACAGUGACCUGCGCAGAGGGCAAGUGGAACAAGCAGGUGGCCUGUGAGCCAGUUGACUGUGGCAUCCCGGACCACCAUCAUGUCUAUGCCGCCUCCUUCUCCUGCCUCGAGGGCACCACCUUUGGCAGCAAGUGUUCCUUCCAAUGCCGUCAUCCUGCACAGUUGAAAGGCAACAACAGCCUCCUGACCUGCAUGGAGGAUGGGCUGUGGUCCUUCCCGGAAGCCUUGUGUGAGCUCAUGUGCCUCGCUCCACCCCCUGUGCCCAACGCAGACCUCCAGACCUCCAGGUGCCGAGAGAACAAGCACAAGGUGGGCUCUUUCUGCAAGUACAAGUGCAAACCUGGAUACCACGUGCCUGGAUCCUCUCGGAAGUCCAAGAAACGGGCCUUCAAGACUCAAUGUACCCAGGAUGGUAGCUGGCAGGAGGGAGCUUGUGUUCCUGUGACCUGUGACCCACCUCCACCAAAAUUCCAUGGACUUUACCAGUGCACAAAUGGCUUCCAGUUCAACAGUGAGUGUAGGAUCAAGUGUGAAGACAGCGACACCUCCCAGGGACGUGGAAGCAACAUCAUCCACUGCCGGAAAGAUGGUACCUGGAGUGGCUCCUUCCAUGUCUGCCAGGAGAUGCAAGGCCAGUGCUCGGCCCCGAACCAACUCAACAGCAAUCUCAAACUGCAAUGCCCCGACGGCUAUGCCAUAGGGUCAGAGUGUGCCACCUCGUGCCUGGACCACAACAGCGAGUCCAUCAUCCUACCAAUGAACGUGACCGUGCGCGACAUACCCCACUGGCUGAAUCCCACACGGGUGGAGAGAGUUGUCUGCACUGCUGGUCUCAAGUGGUAUCCUCACCCGGCUCUGAUUCACUGUGUCAAAGGCUGUGAGCCCUUCAUGGGAGACAAUUACUGUGAUGCCAUCAACAACCGAGCAUUCUGCAACUACGAUGGUGGGGAUUGCUGCACCUCCACAGUGAAGACCAAAAAGGUUACUCCAUUCCCUAUGUCCUGUGACCUACAAGGUGACUGUGCUUGUCGGGACCCCCAGGCCCAAGAACACAGCCGGAAAGACCUCCGGGGUUACAGCCAUGGCUAAGAAGGGAGAAGGAGUUGUGAAAGAAUUCCUAACACCAGGACCCGCAUCCCUUUGGUAUUGAUUUCACAGUCAGCUGCUCAACGGAAUGGCCUCUCCACACCAGGGAUCCUUAGCACCCAACCGGUCUGCCUUUAAUUUUAUCCAGGAAGGAAUCACAGUGGGGUGAAUGAACCAAGUCUUGCCAUGUUGAAUGAUGAAAUGGAAUCCCAUUCCAAAGUUUGAGAUGGAUUGCAUAUACAGUGUGCAGUCCUGGAGCCUCCUAAAAUUCUAACCAUUUGUCACACUACCACAGCAAAAAAACAAAAACAAAAAAAACCAUGUUCUGUAUCUAGAGUGUGCACAUCUGUGGUUAGUACACAUGCAUGCAUACAUACCCAUACAAACAUCAGUAUGAGGGCAGGUCUGGAGACUGAGCAGAGAGAGACUAUAACAAACUCAAUCUUUCUUUCCCAA